AUGAACAAGGACUGGCCCCCUCCCCCCGCCGCCUGGCUGAGCUCCUGCUGCAACCAGUCGGGGGUGCCUCCGGAGCCCCCGGAGGGCCCGCGCGCCGUGCAGGCGGCGGUGCUGGGCGUGCUGUCGCUGCUCGUGCUCUGCGGGGUCCUGUUCCUGGGCGGCGGCCUCCUGCUCCGCGCCCAGGGCGCGGUCCGCGGCGUGGGCUCCCGAGGCCCGGACUCCCGUGGGGGCUCGGGUACUCCGGGCCGUGCGCGGGGCCAGGCGGGGCCGGUCCGCGCUCAUGAGCCCGCUCCGCUGCAGAAGUGCCUGCGCCUGGACCCGGGCGCGCCCGUGUGGGCCGCCAAGCAGCGCGUGCUGUGCGCCCUCAACCACAGCCUCCAGGACGCGCUCAACUACGGGCUCUUCCAGCCGCCCUCCCGGGGCCGCGCCGGCAAGUUCCUGGACGAGGAGCGGCUCCUGCAGGAGUACCCGCCCAACCUGGACACGCCCCUGCCCUACCUGGAGUUUCGAUACAAGAGGCGAGUUUAUGCCCAGAACCUCAUUGAUGAUAAGCAGUUUGCAAAGCUUCACACAAAGGCGAACCUAAAGAAGUUCAUGGACUACAUCCAGCUGCACAGCACGGACAAGGUGGCCCGCCUGCUGGAUAAGGGGCUGGACCCCAAUUUCCACGAUCCUGACUCAGGAGAGUGUCCUUUGAGCCUUGCGGCGCAGCUGGACAAUGCCACGGACCUGCUGAAGGUGCUGAGGAACGGUGGUGCUCACUUGGACUUCCGCACUCGAGACGGGCUCACCGCCGUGCACUGUGCCACGCGCCAGCGGAAUGCAGCGGCUUUGACGACCCUACUGGACCUGGGCGCUUCACCUGACUACAAGGACAGCCGCGGCCUGACGCCCUUGUACCACAGUGCCCUGGGGGGCGGGGACGCCCUCUGCUGUGAGCUGCUCCUCCACGACCAUGCUCGGCUGGGGACCACCGAUGAGAACGGCUGGCAGGAGAUCCACCAGGCCUGCCGCUUUGGGCACGUGCAGCACCUGGAGCACCUGCUGUUCUACGGAGCCGACAUGGGGGCUCAGAACGCCUCGGGGAACACGGCCUUGCACAUCUGUGCCCUCUACAACCAGGAGAGCUGUGCUCGUGUCUUGCUUUUCCGUGGAGCCAACAAGGAUGUCCGCAAUUACAACAGUCAGACAGCCUUCCAGGUGGCCAUCAUCGCAGGGAACUUUGAGCUUGCUGAGGUCAUCAAGACCCACAAAGACUCAGAUGUUGUACCAUUCAGGGAAACCCCCAGCUAUGCGAAGCGGCGGCGGCUGGCUGGCCCCAGUGGCCUGGCCUCCCCUCGACCUCUGCAGCGCUCAGCCAGUGACAUCAACCUAAAGGGUGAGGUGCAGCCGGCAGCUUCUCCUGGACCCUCACUGCGAAGCCUCCCCCACCAACUGCUGCUCCAGCGGCUGCAGGAAGAGAAAGACCGGGACCGGGACGGUGACCAAGAGAAUGGCAUCGCUGGCCCCACAGCAGGCAGGGGCAGCCAGAGCAAGAUCAGUUACAGCGCCGUCCCCGGCCGCAAGUUCAUCGCUGUGAAGGCGCACAGCCCGCAGGGCGAGGGCGAGAUCCCGCUGCACCGCGGCGAGGCCGUGAAGGUGCUCAGCAUUGGGGAGGGCGGUUUCUGGGAGGGGACCGUGAAAGGCCGCACAGGCUGGUUCCCGGCUGACUGCGUGGAGGAGGUGCAGAUGAGACAGUAUGACACGCGGCACGAAACCCGGGAGGAUCGGACGAAGCGACUUUUCCGCCACUACACGGUGGGCUCCUAUGACAGCCUCACUUCACACAGCGAUUAUGUCAUUGACGACAAGGUGGCCAUCCUGCAGAAACGGGACCAUGAGGGCUUCGGUUUCGUGCUCCGGGGGGCCAAAGCAGAGACCCCCAUCGAGGAGUUCACGCCCACGCCGGCCUUCCCAGCUCUACAGUAUCUGGAGUCGGUGGAUGUGGAGGGCGUGGCCUGGAGGGCCGGGCUGCGCACGGGAGACUUCCUCAUUGAGGUGAAUGGGGUGAACGUGGUGAAGGUGGGACACAAGCAGGUGGUGGCUCUGAUCCGCCAGGGCGGGAACCGCCUCAUCAUGAAGGUUGUGUCGGUGACAAGGAAGCCAGAAGAAGAUGGGGCUCGGCGCAGAGCCCCACCACCCCCUAAGAGGGCCCCCAGCACCACGCUGACCCUGCGCUCCAAGUCCAUGACGGCUGAGCUUGAGGAACUUGCCUCCAUUCGGAGAAGGAAGGGGGAGAAACUGGACGAGAUUCUGGCGGCCGCUGCAGAGCCGACACUGAGACCAGACAUCGCGGAUGCCGACUCAAGAGCUGCCACUGUCAAACAGCGGCCCACUAGUCGGAGGAUCACCCCUGCUGAGAUCAGCUCAUUGUUUGAGCGCCAGGGCCUCCCAGGCCCAGAGAAGCUGCCGGGCUCCUUGCGGAAGGGGAUUCCACGGACCAAGUCUGUAGGAGAGGAUGAGAAGCUGGCGUCCCUGCUGGAGGGGCGCUUCCCGCGGAGCACGUCGAUGCAGGAUUCGGUGCGCGAGGGCCGCGGCAUCCCGCCCCCGCCGCAGACCGCGCCGCCGCCACCCCCCACUCCCUACUACUUCGAUUCGGGGCCGCCCCCCGCCUUCUCGCCGCCGCCUCCGCCGGGCCGCGGCUACGACACCGUGCGCUCCAGCUUCAAACCCGGCCUGGAGGCGCGCCUGGGCGCGGGGCCCACGGGCCUGUAUGAUGCUGGCGCGCCCUUGGGUCCGCUACCCUACCCUGAGAGGCAGAAGCGCGCGCGCUCCAUGAUCAUCCUGCAGGACUCGGCGCCUGAGGCGGGCGACGCCCCCCGGCCCCCGCCAGCGGCCACCCCGCCAGAGCGCCCCAAGCGCCGGCCGCGGCCGCCGGGCCCAGACAGUCCCUACGCCAACCUGGGCGCCUUCAGCGCCAGCCUCUUCGCGCCGUCCAAGCCUCAGCGCCGCAAGAGCCCGCUGGUGAAGCAGCUGCAGGUGGAGGAUGCUCAGGAGCGCGCGGCCCUGGCAGUGGGCAGCCCUGGUCCGGGCGGUGGCAGCUUUGCUCGCGAGCCCUCCCCAACACACCGCGGGCCUCGGCCGAGCGGCCUCGACUAUGGCCCUGGGGACGGCCCCGGGCUCGCGUUCGGUGGCCCGGGCCCCGGUAAGGACCGGCGGCUGGAGGAGCGGCGCCGUUCCACCGUGUUCCUGUCGGUGGGAGCCAUCGAGGGCAGCGCCCCCAGCGCGGACCUGCCCUCCCUGCAGCCCUCCCGCUCCAUCGACGAGCGCCUUCUGGGGGCUGGCGCCACCACUGGCCGCGACCUGCUGCUGCCCUCUCCUGUCUCUGCUCUGAAGCCAUUGGUCAGCGGCCCGAGCCUUGGGCCUUCGGGCUCCACCUUCAUCCAUCCACUCACCGGCAAACCCCUGGACCCCAGCUCGCCCCUGGCCCUUGCCCUGGCUGCCCGCGAGCGGGCUCUUGCCUCCCAGGCACCCUCCCGGUCGCCAACGCCUGUGCACAGCCCUGAUGCUGACCGCCCUGGGCCCCUGUUUGUGGACGUCCAGGCGCGUGACUCUGAGCGAGGGGCUUUGGCCUCUCCUGCCUUCUCUCCGAGGAGCCCAGCUUGGGUUCCUGUGCCUGCUCGCAGAGAGCCAGAGAAAGCUCCUCGGGAAGAGAGGAAGUCGCCUGAGGACAAGAAGUCCAUGAUCCUCAGCGUGCUGGACACGUCCCUGCAGCGGCCAGCAGGCCUUAUUGUCGUGCAUGCCACCAGCAACGGGCAGGAGCCCAGUGGGCUGGGGGCUGAAGAGGAGCACCCGGGCACCUCAGAGCUGGCCCCGGCCCCCACGCAGUCAGCAGUGGUGGCAGAGCCCCUGCCUAGCCCCCGGGCCCAGCCCCCUGGCAGCACCCCGACAGACUCUGGGCCAGGCCAGGGCAGCUCAGAGGAGGAGCCAGAGCUGGUAUUUGCUGUGAACCUGCCGCCCGCCCAGCUGUCCUCCAGUGACGAGGAGACCAGAGAGGAGCUGGCUCGCAUUGGUCUGGUGCCACCCCCCGAAGAGUUUGCCAACGGGGUCCUGCUGGCCACCCCACUUCCUGGCCCAGGUCCCUCGCCCACCACGGUGCCAGGUCCGGCCUCAGGGAAGCCGAGCAGCGAGCCACCCCCCGCCCCCGAAUCUGCCGCAGACUCAGGAGUGGAGGAGGCCGACACGCGCAGCUCUAGCGACCCACACCUGGAGACCACAAGCACUAUCUCCACGGUGUCCAGCAUGUCCACCCUGAGUUCUGAGAGUGGGGAACUCACCGACACUCACACCUCCUUCGCCGACGGACACACUUUUCUACUCGAGAAGCCGCCAGUGCCUCCCAAGCCCAAGCUCAAGUCCCCACUGGGGAAGGGGCCGGUGACCUUCAGGGACCCGCUGCUGAAGCAGUCCUCGGACAGCGAGCUCAUGGCCCAGCAGCACCAUGCCGCCUCUGCCGGGUUGACCUCUGCCGCCGGGCCUGCUCGCCCUCGCUACCUCUUCCAGAGAAGGUCCAAGCUGUGGGGGGACCCCGUGGAGAGCCGGGGGCUCCCCGGGCCCGAAGACGACAAACCAACUGUGAUCAGUGAGCUCAGCUCCCGCCUGCAGCAGCUGAACAAAGAUACACGCUCGCUGGGGGAGGAGCCUGCUGGCGGCCUGGGCGGCCUGCUGGACCCUGCCAAGAAGUCGCCCAUCGCAGCAGCUCGGCUCUUCAGCAGCCUCGGUGAGCUGAGCUCCAUCUCAGCACAGCGCAGCCCUGGGGGCCCGGGCGGCGGGGCCUCCUAUCCGGUGCGGCCCGGCGGCCGCUACCCCGUGGCGCGGCGCGCCCCGAGCCCAGUGAAGCCCGCGUCGCUGGAGCGGGUGGAGGGGCUGGGGGCGGGCGCGGGGGGCGCGGGGCGGCCCUUCGGCCUCACGCCUCCCACCAUCCUCAAGUCGUCCAGCCUCUCCAUCCCGCAUGAGCCAAAGGAGGUGCGCUUUGUGGUGCGCAGCGUGAGCGCGCGCAGCCGCUCACCCUCGCCGUCGCCGCUGCCCUCGCCAGCGCCUGGCCCCGGCCCCGGCCCCGGGGCCCCCGGCCCGCGCCGGCCCUUCCAGCAAAAGCCGCUGCAGCUCUGGAGCAAGUUCGACGUGGGCGACUGGCUGGAGAGCAUCCACUUGGGCGAGCACCGCGACCGCUUCGAGGACCACGAGAUCGAGGGCGCGCACCUGCCUGCACUCACCAAGGACGACUUCGUGGAGCUGGGUGUCACGCGCGUGGGCCACCGCAUGAACAUCGAGCGCGCGCUCAGGCAGCUGGACGGCAGCUGACGCACCACCCUCACCCACGCCCCGGCCGCGCCCUGCCGGCAGGGCCCCCCCACCUUCACCCCCGGGCCGCGGGCUCGGCCUGCCCCUCACAACGGCGCCCGGGCCAGGAAUGUUGCAUGAAUCGUCCUGUUUGCUGUUGCUCGGAGACUUGCCCUGUACAUUGCUUAGUGCCCUCCACGGCCGGCGAGCCCCACCCAGCACACGGUCAGGAAGGGCGCGGGCCAGGGAGGCUGGAGUGGGAGGGGAUUGGGGGUGGGGUGCUCCGGCCUGACCAUCCCCCGCACAGCUCCUGGUGGCUGCUCUCCCAGAGUGGGGGCGCCUAGUCCAGCAUGCGAGGUCAGGACACACCUUGGUGACUCGGGGGGUGGGGGGAGACAUUGGGGUUCUCGGUUGGGGGCCAAGGAGCCCCCCUGUUUUGCAUAUUUUAAUCCACUCUAUAUUUGGAACGAGAAAAGGAACAAAUAUCUCUGUCCUUAAUAGCUUCCCUUCCCUUCCCCUCCAGCCCCCCCACUGGUUCCGCUGCGGCUGCCCAGUCUUCCAUCUCUGGCCCCUCACUGCCACUGCCACCCCACAUGGGGCGGGGGACGCUCCAGCUGGCCUGGGGCUGGCCAGGGUCUCAGUAGCCCGCCCUGGGGCCCCGGCUCGGCCCCCUCCCCUCGCUGAGCUAUAGUGUGCCCCACCGACCCUUCAGGUGCUGCGUGGAGGAGGGGCGGCAAGCAGCCAAUCCUGCUGGGCACUAGCAAGGUCAGGUGGCCAGGGAGACCAUUGCCCUGGGGUGGGGUGGGGGGGCAGGGCCCUAGCACCCGCCCCCAGCCAUGUCCCUCACAGGGUCCCUCCCCAGGAGGGGUCUCAUCUCCCCACCAUGUUGGGCAACUACAGCAGGGAAGCUUCCCUGCCUCAGACCCCAAAGUCUCCUGUUCCCGCUGUGUGUGUGCGUGCACACGUGCGAGCGUGUGAAGCUCUGGGUGUGACUGAGUGCAUGGGAGCCCUGUGUGUGCCUGCUUGGAGAGUGGUCCCGAGGGGCCACUCUGGACUAGCGUGAGGGCUUCGGAAGCAUGCACAGGGUGCGUGCAUGGGUGUGUGCCUGUGAAAGCAGCCCGUCUCCACUUCCAAAGAAAGUCAGAGGCCAUCCUGCACCCUGGGACCUGCUGUUUGCCCAGCCUGCCCUUCCAGAGCCUCGUCUAGUCUGAGCGGGCUUCCUUGGUGAAGCUCUGCUGCUUGGGGAGGCCCCCACGGGCCCUUGGAGGCACUGCCCACACCCAUCGGGCUUCUGGGGGGAUCAUAAGGGGACCCCCUAGAGUCAGGCCACCACAAGCCCUGGGGAGAGGCAGAGACCCCAGAGGGCACCCCAGCCCCCCUUACUGUGACUCCUCACACUCAGCAAUGACCUGUGGGGUGGGGGGGCCCUGGGACGUUUUUAAACCUAGGGUUUGGAGUCUGGACUAAGCUCCAUCCACGUCACUCACAAGUUUCUGUUUAUAUUUCUAGCUUUUUUUAAUAAAAAAAAAAAAAAACAAAAGUUUUCACAGCCCAGGGGCCUGGCACGCCGGUCUGUGCCUGCCCGCCCCACCCCAGCCCACCGGCCCCAUUCCCUGGGCAGAGUCACACCCAGUAACCCCUUCACCAACAGACCAGGUCACACACACACACACAGCAGCAGUCACUGUAACAGACUGCCACACACACUCUCAGUUUCACACUCACCUGUGGGUUUUUGGUUCUGUUCAAUUUGGGUUUUUAACUUUACAGGGUCAGUUCCGCUUCACCCUUCCUUUUGUAUGGAGUUCCAUCCGGGGGCUUUCACCCCCUGCUCCAGUCCUGAGGCCUCCUGACCCUGACGUUGUGAUACACCCCACAGAGAUCUAUGUUUCUUAUAUUAUUAUU